GACCUGGUAUCAGGGUGAGGCUCUGGGUGCACUUGUUUCCGAGGGUUCAGCUGCUACACAGGACCAGGAGGCCAAGGCUCAAGUGGAGGUACAGGUCCAACGGCGCCAUGGACUACCAACAGAAACUGGCUGAGAAGCUCACCAUCCUAAAUGAGAGGGGGAACGGGGUGCUGAUACGCAUGAACCACAUUAAAAAGAGCUGUGCAGACCCCAAAACAAGACCCUCUUUCCUGACAGAAAAAGCCAUGGAGCCUGCAAUUAAAUACAUCAAUAAGAAGUUCCCGAACAUUGACUUCAGAGGAAACAUACAAAAUCUGACCAACAUACAGCGGCAGAAAUCUGAAGUGUUGGCAGCCACAACAAGCUACUACGAUUCUUUCCUGGAUGUCAUCGAGUUCAGGGAUCACGUUUAUGAACUGCUGAACACCAUAGAUGCCUGUCAGUGUUUCUUUGACAUUGCAUUCAACUUUGACUUCACCAGGAGCUACCUGGAUCUGAUCAUCACCUACACAUCUGUUAUCAUCAUGGUCUCUCGCAUUGACGAUAAAAAAGCACUGGUGGGCAUGUUCAACUGUGCCCAUGAGAUGACUAACGGGAGCAGUGACCCCUCUUAUCCGCGGCUCGGCCAGAUGAUUGUGGAGUACGAGCAUCCGUGGAAGAAGCUUACUGAGGAGUUUGGUCCUCACACAAGGUCUGUGACGACGGCGUUGCUGUCUCUGAAGAUGGUGUACCCACGCAGGAACCUGCCAGCAGAGCAGUGGCGGAGCGCCCAGCUCCUAAGCCUGCUGAGUGCUCCAGCUGCCAUGCUGGACCCGGCGUGCUGCGACACUAUGGCUUGUGAAUACCUAUCCAUGGAGGUGAUGGAGCGCUGGAUCUCUAUCUGCUUCCUGCUGUGCCACAGCAGCCUGAACACAAACCAGGCCUCCCAGGAGCUGUGGAAGAUGGCUCUGAGGAGCGGCCUCUUCCUCACCCUCACCAGAGAGGAAGUACUCAACAUACACAAAGUCUCCGAGGACCUCUUUGACGGCAUCAAAGGAUAUAGCAAGCGAAUUGCAGACAUCAAGGAAUGUCGUGAGCACGUUUUAGUCAACGGAGGACCUCUGCACAGAGAGCGGAGGCGGUAUCUGAGAGGAGCGUUGAAGGAAUUAUUCAACAUUCUGGAGGAUGAACCCGGACUGCUGGGACCAAAGGCGCUGUUUGUCUUCAUGGCUCUGUCGUUUUCCCGUGACGAGGUCCUGUGGCUUGUCAGACACUCUGAGAACAUGCCAAAGAUAAAGGCGCCUGAGGACUACGUUGACAAUCAGAUGGCAGAGCUGCUGUUCUACAUGGAGAAGCUCAGAGGGCUGAUGAAAAAGUACACCCAUGUGGUUCAGCGCUACCAUGUCCAGUACCUGGCACAGUUUGAUGCUUUGGUUCUCAACGACACCAUCCAGAAUAUGUAUGUUUGUCCAGAGGAGGAGUCGGUCCUGAUGAGUUCAUUCGUCUCAAGUCUGUCUGCUCUGUCAAUCAAACAAGUGGAAAACAAGGAGGAGUUUGAUUUCAGAGGACUUCGACUGGACUGGUUGAGAUUGCAGGCCUACACAAGUGUGAACAAAGCUCCUCUGCCAUUGAAAGACUAUCCUGAUUUGGCCAAGGUGAUGAAUUUGAUUCAGUUUCACACCAGGGUGGUCGACAGCGUGGAGGAACUUCUGCAGGAGACGUCUGAGGUGUCCAUACUCUGCUUCUACCCGCGCGUCUUUGAGAAGAUGUUUUUCCAGAGCAGCGAGGAGGUGGCCAUGAAGCGCUACCUCAUGGCCUUCCCCACCGUCUGCUCUCACUUCAGCCAGUGUGGACACCCUCUGUGCCCAGAAGAGUCUGGAGUGAUGGAGAAGAAGAGCCUUCGUCUGUGUGUGACCUUCCUGGAGCAGAUAGCCAAGCUGACCAGCAGUGUUGUGUUGGAGAUUUGUGCUGAACAGUGCAAUCUCAAUGACAAGUUGCAGCCCAUACACUGCGCCGAGAGCAUCAGCGCAGCUCGCUACAGGAAGCAGAAGAAGCCGCUGCCAAAGAAAGCCGAGGUCCAGAAAGAAAAGCCAGGCGCUGAGAGCCUGAGGAAAGACCGGACCAUCACCAGCAACAUGGACAAGAUGCAUAUGAUGCUGACCGAGCUGUGCUCCACCUACAGCCUCUGCACUGACUUCAUUGUGUUUGACCACAUCGUUGUGCCCACGGAGUUCCUCAUCUCUCAUCUGGAGACACGCCUCUCUGAGAUCAUCGUGAGAAUGGCAAAUUACAACCAGGCCACCCAGGAGAUAUCCCGUCCCUCGGACCUCCUGGCAGGGGUGAGAGCUUACACGGCCAGCCUGCAGAGCCUCUCCAGCUACAUCAACGUGGACGUCACCAGACUGGUGAAGAACGUCCUGCUGCAGCAGACACAGCCUCUGGAUCCUAGAGGAGGACAGACUAUCACAACUCUCUUCACAAACUGGUUCCUGGAGAGUCUCCUGCGUCAGGCCAGUAACUCCCUCAUCGUUCACUGUCCCACGAUGCACUGCUUCGUCAGCCAGACAACUGACAACGAACCGGCUUUCAGAGCAGAGGAGUUUUCAGAUGUAUCAGAGCUACGGGCCCUGGCGGAGCUGAUUGGUCCAUACGGCCUGAAGUUUCUAAGUGAGAACUUGAUAUGGCACAUCACCUCCCAAGUCAGUGAACUAAAGAAACUGGUGAUUGAGAAUAUGGACAUCCUGGUACAGAUGAAGAACAACUUUGAUAAGCCUGAGGAAAUGGCCAACUUGCAAAAGAGGCUGACAGGAGGAGAGAAUGUGCUGAAGAGGAUGACCAUCAUCGGGGUGAUCCUGUCCUUCAGAGCAAUGGCACAGGACGGUCUCAAAGAUGUCCUGCGAAAGCAUUGCCCGUACAUGAUGCAGCCCAUCGAGUACCUCAGAGACUUCAUUUCCCCAGAGGAAGACAUCAAGGUGACUCUAAGCGUCUUCCAGCUGGCCUCUGCUGCUGGUCUGGCAUGUGAUAUCGAACCAGCACUUGUCACUGCUAUCGCCAGCAUGCAGACAGAUAACACGUCAAUUGAUGAGGAGUACAAGCUGUCUGGUUUGCUGCUGGUCUACAUCGCUGUGUCCCUGCCUUCCCUGGCCCUGGACCCCAAUUCUUUCUACAGCCGGGAGCAUGGCGGCCACAAAAACAACAUCCACUGUUUGGCAACAGCUAUCAACCAGCUGGCUGCUGCCAUGUUCACAGUUCAGAACAAAAACAUAGAGCAGCAUCUCAAAGAGUUUCUCCUGAUGGCCUCCUCCACUCUGCUUCAGCUGGGACAAAAUGUGGAGAGAAUAGAAAGCAAAAACAGAGAGUCUGUCUACCUGAUUCUACACAUGAUUGUGGAGGAGUCUCCGUUCUUGAGCCAAGACAUGCUGGAGAGCUGCUUCCCUUAUGUCCUGCUCCGAAACGCCUACAGAGAGGUGUACAAGUCCUUCAUCAUCACAAUGGGCUAAGGACGCUGUUAAACUCUUAAAUCUUUAUUUAACCUUCUUAAAUGUGAAUGCAUAUUUUGUUGACAUUUCCAUCCAGUUUCUUACUCAUUUAACUCUGCACAUUCACAUCAGCCACCAGCUAGUUGUUAACCACGACCCUAGAUAUCUCUGAUAAGGCUUCCUGUCAAUCAGCACUUCUUGUAAAUGUAUGACACAAAAGAUCUGCCCUCAUUUCACACACUCUAAAGCAUCCUUUAUCUGUCAUAUAUUUUAUUGUAACUUGAUGACUUCUUUGGUUAAGUUUGAAUGCUAUACAAUAACAGGUAUAUACUGAUUUACACAUCAGUGCCAUGACAAAAAGGUGACUGGUUUUAGAAUAUAUUUUGGAAUCAAAUCACAUUUCUUAAGACUUUUUAUGGACUGUUUUAUUAAUAGUUACUGUUGAACAUGUUUCCUACAAUGUCUCUACAAAUAAAGAUGCUAAUAGUG